GGCCAUCCUUGUCUCCUUGGCUGGCUUCCUCAUGUCUCUCCCCCACUUCAUCACUGGACCCUACGAGUAUGACCAGUCAGUUGCCACAAAGAGCAGGUAGCAGGGAGGUCUUCUCCAACCAUGGGACCUCUCAUCUCCUGUGAGCUGAGGCAAGUUGUCCUCAUGGACAUGAACUGCUCCCUUACUUCCACAGCAUGGAUAAGAUAAGUUCUCAUGAACUCUGAAGUCCUUUAUGGGGAGGAAACAAGAGUUCUAGGGAGGAAAACAUGGGUUGUGGGGAGGAAAACAUGGGUUAUGGGGAAGAAAACAAGAGUUCUGGGGAGGAAAACAUGGGCUGUGGGGAAGCAAACAAGAGUUCUGAGGAGGAAAACAUGGAGUUCUGGGGAGGAAAACAUGGGUUGUGGGGAAGAAAACAAGAGUUCUGAGGAGGAAACGAGAAUGAUGGGGAGAAGCUUGACUGACCCAACCCAACAGGGCAGCUUAGGGGGUGAAAGGCUGUUGUCUGCCAUGAGGGAGUGUUGGUUUCAUUCCUUACUUGUGGGGCACCUCAUCUCUCUUCCCCUGUCUGUCUGAGCUGGUUUUGAGGGAACCCAUUGAGGUUUUAGACUCCACUAGAAAAUCAACCUCUCGUGAAAGAAACGUGCAGGUGUAAAUCACUGAUGGAGGAGCAGGUUAGGGUGGAUUUGGGAUAUUCUCCUUGAAAGAAGGUGAAGGGGAUAAGGGAGGGAGAAGAGGGACAGAGGAGAGGAGAGCACUCUGUUCAUACCAUCCCAAAUCCUGCCAUGAAUUUCCAGCAAAUCUUGUAGAAACCUCCACUGAACAGUUUUCUCUGCCUCAUCAGAGAGAGCAGCUGGUUCAGGCAGCUGCAGCCACCAAAGGAAGAUUAAUAAGGGAAUAAUUCAUGGAUGCAAACACGGGUCAGGUGCUAAUGCCACUUGGGAAAAAAUUAGCCACAGGUUUCAGGAGCUCUGGGGCAGGUGGCCCCAGGUGGAGCACUUGGAGCGGCAAAUGAUUUGGGGCAAAACCAUGGAAAUCCUGCUGUGACCAUCACAAUCCCCUCCCCCAGUGUUUUAAGGAAGAGAAAGGUGCUGGAAUCAGCACUUUGACUUGGGCAGCUCUGCAAUCCAUUUCUGGGUAAAAUGAGUCCUUGUUUCCUGAGGAGCUAUUCACAACAUCUGCAGUUUUGCUCCCUUACCUUUAUUACAAGAUCUAUCAAAGAUCCUGGAAGUGAUCCCAGCUCUGCUUCUUCUGUGAGGGCGGCUUCUCAUGGCCUGUGCAUCCAUCUUGCUGGGAACACCUGACAGCAUGUUCAGCAACACCACAGACCUGUGCCAGCCCGGGGUGCCUGGAUCCCAGGGGAACCUCAGCCAAGGCAGCUGCACCCCCCGUGCUGCCAGGGAGAACCACGCGGUUCUCCUGGUCAUGUUCACCGCCCAAGCGCUGCUGGGCAUCGGUGGAGUCCCCAUCCAGCCCUUUGGCAUCUCCUACAUCGAUGACUUCGCCAGCGAGAGGAACUCCCCCCUCUAUUUAGGGAUCCUGUUCUCCGUGACUGUCAUCGGGCCAGGGGUGGCUUUCAUGCUGGGCUCUGCCAUGCUGAGGUUUUAUGUUGACAUUGACAAAGUCUCCAGAGACAAAGUCCAGCUCACCCACAAAGACCCGCGGUGGGUCGGCGCCUGGUGGCUUGGGUUCCUGGUGGCAGCCAGCCUGGUGGCCCUGUCUGCAGUGCCCUACUUCUUCUUCCCGAGGGAAAUGCCGAAGGAGGUAGGGGAGGUGCUGCAGAUGACACCCCAAAAGGUGGCGAGUGGGAAGGAGAGUGACAGCAAGAAGAGCAAGGAUGUGCUCAGCCAGCUCAGGCUGAGCUCUGAACACCUGCAAAACCUCUCUCUGACCAAGUUCAUCAAACAUUUCCCUCUGGUCCUGCUGAGGAACCUGCGUCACCCCGUCUACCUGCUGGUGGUGCUGGCUCAGGUCAACCUCUCGGCCAUGGUUGCUGGUUUAGCAACGUUCAUGGGCAAGUUCCUGGAGAGACAGUUCUCCCUCACAGCAUCCUUGGCCAACAUGAUCAUUGGUGCUGUGAACAUCCCUGGGGCCAUGGUCGGGAUCGUGGUGGGUGGUGCCAUCAUGAAGAGGUUCCAGAUGUCCUUGAGGCAGUGCAGUGCCAUGUGUGUCCUCGGCAUGUUCCUCUGCCUGCUCCUGGCUUUCCCCCUCCUCUUCCUCGGCUGCCCCACGCAGAAGGUUGCAGGCAUCACCUACACUGAGAGCUCUGAGUUGGGACACCAGGCCUGGGAGUGUAACCUCCAGUGUCACUGCCCUGAGAAAGCCUACAACCCCAUCUGUGGCUCUAAUGCCAUUGAAUACAUCUCCCCCUGCUCUGCUGGCUGCAGGGCUGUGAACAUCAACGUGGACAACAACUCAGUCCUGCACUACACCAACUGCAGCUGCAUCUCGGGGGACGGGCUGGAGGGUUCGGCCAAACCCGGGACCUGCGGCACCGGCUGCUCCCACCUCUUCCUGCCCUUUGUGGUCCUCUCCUGCCUGGCAGGGAUCCUGGCCAGCACGUCCCACACGCCGUCCUUCAUGCUCAUCCUCAGGAGCAUCCAGCCUGAAGACAAAUCGUUUGCUGUUGGGAUUCAGUUCAUGCUGCUGAGAGUUCUAGCCUGGAUGCCAGGACCUGUGUUGUACGGCAGCGCCAUCGACACCACCUGCAUCCUCUGGGAGAAGAAGUGUGACAGGAAGGCAGCCUGCAGAUACUAUGACAACAACCUCUUCAGGCAAAGGUAUCUUGGUCUCCAGUUCUUCUUUGAGGUUGGAGCUUUCCUGUGCUUCGUGGCUGUGUAUGUGAUCCUGAGGCGGCAGGAGAGGGAGGCCAGGAGCACAGCAGAGACAAAGGGAGACCCAGAGAAGGAGAAACUGGCAGGAAACUCCAUCAAGAGCCCCGAAUCCAAAGUGUGACACCAACAAUAUGAGUUGUCAUCCCUGGCCGGGGAGGUGAAGCUGUGUGAAUCAUCCCACACCUGAGCUGUGAAGGAUGGAUCUUUGGAGUGAAGGACAGUGUGGCUGCUUCCUAAUCCUCUGGGUGGGAUGUGCUGCUCCUGUGCUGCCAGGGGAGUCUGUCCACCUGCUGUUCUACCCCUGCCUCCUCCACCCCCACGGUGCAGCUUCCUCCUUCACGUGGAUUAAUCCACACCCCAUAACCUUUGGACCCUGCAAUCUUCUGGGUUUCUGUCCUCCAAAACAUUUGCUCCUGCUGACAGUCUUGCCAGCACUGAGCUUGACCACACAGCUGAAACCUUUUGGGGUUGUUUGCUUGUGGGGUUUUUUAUAAAUAAAUCAUUUGUACGAAA